UCCGUGAAGACAAGCGGCCGAACAUGAGGGUCUGUCUAGUAAUCGCUCUGUGCCUGUGUACAGUCUGCCUGCUUUCCAACGCAGUUGUGGUUAAAGAUGGAGAUUUGGUUUUCUCCCUGGAUUCUGUGAAGACGUUAGGAACUCUGAUGGCUGCAAGUGGAGGUGUGAAAAGAACUCGGAUGUCCCAGGGUACUUUCUCUGUAUGCACCAAUCCUGCUCUGCCUAAAGAGUUCUUGCCAGUGUGUGAGAGCCAGCAGUCAGACGUCAUUUUUUCAAGACUUGCCCGAAUAGCUGAGAAUCCGGAUGUGUGUGAGAUCUGCGCCUAUGCUGCUUGUACCGGCUGUUAAGGGACCCAAGGAGGAGCAGGAAUGGACUUGCUGUGCUCUGUGUUUGACGUGUUCUUCAGGACAACAAUUUGAAAGUGCUUCCAUUAUAAUUCUUAUAUCAAGGCUGAAGCUAGCAGUGGCAUAUGUUCAUGUGAAAUGGACACAUUUCCCAGGAAUCACAGUUCAUCUUUAAACUGACUUGACACUUCCUUGCCCGAAUUAGAUUCUGGCAUUGAUGCUAUAAGGCUGAGCAAAUAGCCCCUGUGCCGCUAAUGACACAGGACACUGCCCGUUGUGAACAUCAGUUUAAAAUCUACCUUUUACAGCAUAUGUUUGAUGGGGGCUCCAUCAUUAGAUCAGCCACUCUUUGUGUGAUGUUUGCAUAUUCUGAAUUUUCUCCAGGCAGUUUUCUCCUAACGUAGGUUCAUUAAUUGGUACCCAUGGAUUGUAUUGGGAUAAAUGUGUUCAGGAAUGAAGUGGCAUUCCAAUUAGGGUUGAGUCUUGCCAAAAUAGAAUAAAUUUCAUAACCCCAUAUAUACCAUAUUAGCCAUUAUGGAUGUAAUGAGAAGUGAAGCAAAAUGACACAUUUUA